UAGUCGUGACUAUAAUUUUGAUGUUUUGCGUUCAAAUCGUUGGUUAUUGUAGUAAGUUUUCAUUUUAUUUCAUUAUCUAAAUGGCCAUCUGUUUCAAUUGAAAAAAAAAGUCAUAUUGGCUGAGGUUUACAUAUAUACAUGUUGACAUUUGAUCGACUUAAUUUUUACUCCAUAUCAAACUCUUUAUCUAGGCGAAAUAUAAUUUUGAAUAGUUAACGACAACCCUCGUCGAAUACUUAUUCAUGUUAUUUGAAUCUAUUGCAUUUCCAAAAGUCUGUUUUAUUAACCAAUUUACAACAUGAAAUGGAACUUCAUACUAAGCAUUAUUAGUUAUCCGAAUUUGAUAACUUUGAACUCAAUUUGAAAAUACUAAUAAAGAAAAAAACAUAAACUUAAAAAAGAUAAAUUUUGUUAAAUGAGUAUCCGUCCAUGGUUAUGUGUGCAUCAAGCGCCUGAGAAUCCAGACUCAUCAAAAUGUCAGGAUAGAACACAAUAAAUAAAUUCACAGAUCAGACGAUUUUAUAUUCUCUAUUUUAGGAUAUAUGACACCACAAAUAUGUGUCCUUUGAGUUUAGACACCAGUACGUCAUGUCGUAUCAGUCAAUUAUGUCUUGACGCUAAAAAGUAUUAAUUUAUUUGCUUCUUCUAUAACUAAAAUCAGUGACAUAGUAUUGUUGGUGGAGGAAUAUGGACUCUGCAUUCAUAGUUGGCUGUGCAAGAUAACAUAUAUUUGGAUUUACUGAAGUCGACCUUAAACAGUGACAUGGAAUGAUAUUUUAUAGCCAGAUUUUGUAUUUUCAGAACCACCAAAGAACUAUGUUCUUCGAUAUAGUUUGAUUAAUGUUUGCAUGGACUUAUUUCUGUUGUCCACAUAUAUAAAACUUCUUUAGUUCACUGAUUUGGAUAAAAAGAGAAGACUCUAUUUAGUAAAUGUCCACAGGGCCUGCAUGUUGAGUCUAUAUAUCCCAGUUGAUUUCAUAGUUCAGGUUUUGUAUUCCUUACAAGAAGUCAUGCUUUCGAAUUUUGUACAGACGCCCUUAUUAAUAAUUUCACACUUAUAGAAUGUCCGAAAAAAAAAUAAUCAUGGAUAUGUUCCAAUUAUUUAAGCCACAAUUUCCUUUUUCUCCUCUGAAUUUGACAUUACCAAAAGCGACUUAUAUCCGAUUUUUUUUUUAUUUACCAUGACAUGCAUGAGCGUCGCUAUACACACCAGAGAAGACGCAAAUUACGCAAAUGGCUAUAAGAAUCGAGUUUGAUUAGGUUCUCAAUAGAUUUGUAUUAGACUAUUUGAAUUUUUAUAUUUUAUUCAUUAAAUAUGUAAGAGGUAACUGUAUUAUAUUUAAAGAUUUGCGGACGUCCUUUUGCAUUUUUACUUUCGCAAAUUGAGUUUACCUGGCGACGCGUAGCAAAUACAGGUAAAUGGAUAUUUAAGAAAGUAAAUCUACCAAUGGACGUCCGAAAAGCGUUAAAUACGAUACAUUUAUCUCUAUUCUAAAGCAAAAUAAACAAAUCAUUUAAUUUAAGUCAUAAUUUCGGUGUAAAAUUCUCAUUUAACGAAAUUUCCGCGAAACUAGGUUAGUUCAUAUGUAUUCUUCCUGUAUCACACUAACACACCAAGCUUUUCUGCCUUCUUGUACGUCUCAAAAUGUUAUAUAACUUGAUAAAAAAAAGAUUUCAAGUUAGGUCACCAACAGCGAGAUAGAGUAUUUUACUCUGAUUGUCAUCCAAUCAGAACCGUGUAUACAAAAUAAUUGCAUUCGAAUUAUUUAUAAAAGUCACGUUUGAUAUUAUUGAUAACUUUAAUUUUUACUUCAAGAAUUAAUUAAUUGAAACUGCAAAUUGAUAGUAAGCGCAAUUGAUAUGGUGCGUAGCAAAGCUUAUUACAACCACUAAUUCCCGUAUAACAGGAAAUAAAUCUUUUGGUGCAAGACAAGGAUGUCAGUUGCAAAUUAUUUACAGACAAUGAGAAAAAAAUUCAAACGUUUUUACGAUACCAACAAUCAUUACAUUGAGAUUUUAUAUCAUAUUAUUUAUUUAUACAGAAGCUAACUUGUAUACUGAGUAUGUACUAGUAUAUGAACUGACGAAUUUUUAAGAAGUGAACGCUAAUGUGAUUGCAUUUUAUAAUAACACCUCCAUGAGUAAGGGCAAAAACAGUUCACGGGGACUCGGUGCUUGAGUGGACUAAGUAUUCAUCUACUGUUUUAUUUGUAUUUUAAAACUGACGUUGUGCGUUCGAACCUAGCACUUGGUAGGUGCGUUCGACUUUAUUCUUACAAGUCUUAAUUGUCAGUUUUCCUGACGGAGGAUGGUGGUUCUCUCUGGGCGCUCCUGUUUUUUUUCUGCGAAUAAAAACUAACGGUAUAUAACCAAUAGUGCCGACAGGUGACGUUAUACACAAACAAUCAUUCCAUCAAUCAAUAUUUGAAUUACGCAAAGAAGUCAAGUGUUAUUGGAAAAUGCUAAUUAGUUAUAUGUAAAACACAAAAUUGAUGUAUCAGAAAACACUCCAUAAGCCCGGCAACCAACAACCGACUCAUGUGGUAAAAUAGACGUACACACAAAGACAAACAACAAUAUUAACAAGGAACAAAACAUGCUCCAGACAGACCAGGUUGUUUGUUUAACCAAUUGAUCAUGCUCACAAUUAUUAACGUUUUUUCAGCCGACCCGAUUUUAUUUGUCUGCGUCCUAUCAUAUUCAAUUUAAAAAGUAAGACACAUCUGUUUAGUUUGAAACAUCAAUUUAAAACUUUUUAGGAAAGUUCGUAAGGAUGAAUAAAAUCAUCAAAGACCAAGUUGAAGACGGCAUCCAGAUAUAUAUAAAGGAAUAUAUGCAAAGACAACACACUGAGGACCUUUUACCUCCUGAAUUAAAAGAAAAACAUGAUCAACACAUCGACAACUGGAGAAAAGACGAAGAAAAGUUUAUUGAAACAGAAGCAAGUAAAAACGUUGAAGAACGACUCAGGAAAGAUAAAUGCGUUCUAGUAGUUGGUCGUUCCGGGAAUGGUAAAUCGUCAAUUAUCCGCCAUCUAGCACUCAGUAUCCAAGCUGAAAUGUCUUAUCAAAUAAUGCCAACAGUGAAAUCUCCAUCCGAUAUACUUGCAUUUAAUGAUCAGAAAAGAAACCAAAUAUUCAUUAUAGAUGAUCUAUUGGGAAAAGACAUGAUUAACGCGCAGGCUGUGGAUGAGUGGUCUGCUGAAAUAGAUAAAGUUUUAAUGUUAUUGAAUACUGAUUCACGAUGUAAAACUGAGAAGGAACCAGACGGCAAUGUUAAAUUUCUGUUUGCUACUGGUGUAGAUUUUUAUAAUGAUAGUAUGUUCCAUCGCCUUAAUCCUAUUAAAAAAUAUGCCUGCGACAUUUCCAAUUGGCCUUUGAAUGACCAAGAAAAGCUUGCAAUGAUUAGGAAUUAUAUUUCCCCGGAAUCAGAAUCAAAACUUACAAAAAAACUUAAUUCGGACGAAGCGUAUUUUCCAUUAUUAUGUAAAAUAGCUGAAGGAAGAACAGCAGAACAUAUUAUCAGGUUAUUUAGUAACCUUAAUGAUUUCAUUAAGCAAGAUCUGUUAGCCUUGAAAGAGACCAAUCAUCUGAAAUUCUGUAUUAUAACCUUAUGCGCGAUAUUAAAUAACAACUUCGUAGAAGACUUACUUACUGAUGGUUACGAUUUUGACACCGAAAGAAAGAUUUUUGAAAAUAUUUGCAUGGAAUUCAAUUUAGGAUCUCAAAAAGAACCAGUUAAAAAUAAAAUAAGAGAACAAUUAAAGAACCUUGAAGGUAUGUACUUGGCCAAAACAGAGAAUUAUUAUCAUUUUAUUCACUCUAAAGUGUACCGUACCGCAGUUUUGGUAUGUGGCCAGGCUUUUCUACAUAAUUUUAUCAAAUUCGGCCGAAGCUCAUAUAUUGCCGAGAGAUUUUGUUUUAAAUCGAGUAUUACAGACAGAAAUCAAGAUUCUGUUAUUAUAAUAGAUGAUGAGAAUACCGAAAAAAGAUAUUUCGACAGAUUAAUGGCAGAUUUAGAACAAGGGGUUACAUACAGUGCAUUUCAUAACAGUCAACUUCGGCAUAAAUCAUACCGGGAUAAAUUUUGUUUGUAUUGUCAAAACAGAAAACAGAAAGUUAGUGAACUUUUAAAACAUUUUAAUGCUUACAGUGAAACUCUAACGAAAAAUGUUUCAUUUGAAAAUAAGGAAGAUUAUGAAGAUUAUAUUGAUUUUAAAAAUCAACAUCAUUUUUCGUCACACAAAAUGCGAAAACCAUUAAUAGAAUCUGCAUGGGAAGGAUACGCUGACAUUAUUCAAAUGUUAUUGGAUUCUGGUUGCAAUAUAAAUGAAAUUGACAAAUUCGGAAGAACCGCGUUAUUUGUUGCGUGUUUUUGCGGAAACGACGAUGUAGUUGAUGUAUUGCUGCGAAAUAAUGCCAACCAUUCGUUGUACGAUCAAAUUGGACAGUCUCCAUUAUUUGUAGCAUCCAGAGAAGGAUACCAUAAAAUAGUCCAGGUCCUUAUACAGAAGUCCGCUGAUCUGAAUCUAUGCAACGUAAAUGGAGAUUCACCAUUACUGAUAGCCUCAUCUGAAGGUCACUUGUGGACUGUUCAAACGUUAUUACGGGAAGUACAAGAUUUUUCGAAGUGCAAUAAUCUAGGACAAACCCCAGUUUUUCUGGCAUCUAUGAAUGGUAGAACCGAUGUUUUGAAAUACUUAUUUUCAUCGCAUUUCAGUGAAUAUAUUUCUAAAUUUGACAAUGAAGGCAGAUCCCCUUUGUUUAUUGCAUGCAUGGGAGGACACCAUACAGUAGUUCAAUUCCUUCUAGAGAAUCAUGCCGAUAUUUCACAGUGUGAUUGGAGUAAACGGUCGCCAUUAUUUAUUGCUUCUGCCGAAGGACAUGCUAAAAUAGUUAAAUUAUUAGUUCAGAACAAUGCUAAUAUAAAUCAUUGCGACGAGGAAGGUAUGACGCCAUUAUUUAUCGCCGCUGAGAAAGGCCGAACAGAAAUUGCCAGUUUUCUUAUUGAUAGCGGAGCCAAUAUAAAUAUAACGGAUAAUAAAAGGCGCAGCCCAUUUUAUGCAGCUUGUAGGAGAGGGUUUAUAAGCAUAGUUCAGUUGUUGCAUGAACAUAAUGCCCGCACUUCCGAUUGCAAUAAAUGGGGAGGUUCAGCCUUGUUUGCCGCAUGCAGGGAGGGUCAUGUCGAUAUUGCUAAAUUUCUUAUACAUAUAGGAGCUAACAUUUCUACACCGGAUUGUAACGGUACCACUCCAUUGUUAGUAGCAUGUGAAAAUGGAAAUACCGAAAUAGUAAAGUUUUUAAUAAACAGUGGUGCUAAUGUUAAUGAUUGUGACAACGAUAAAAAGACUCCUUUAAACGUAGUUAUUGCUGGAGGAUUUACUGAUGUGAGAGAACUUUUGUUGAAUAAAGGUGCGCUUUGACAAUAUAUCCCUAGCAAUGAUAAUAAAAAAAGAAAUAAAAUUUGUUUGCAGUAUUGAA